UGGUGGAAACAAAUACUUCGAAGUACUACUAACGUUAGUAGUAAACAUGUCGAUUCUUCGAGCGUACCUGAUCCUGGGCUUUGUGGUGGAAGUGCACACGUUCGUGCGGCUGUAUGUGUUGUCCACACCAAUUGCUGACCUCACUCCAACGCUGCCGGACCCCGCCUUGGACGGAGUCGCCGUCUUUCGUCGGCUCUAUGCAGUCUACUGCCUCACGCUUGGCAUCCUUCGACUCGCCGCCGCCGUGGACAUCACCAACUUGACGCUCUUGGCCACGUUGACCGUGGUCCAUGUGCUAGAAGCAGCGUUUUCCAUCACGGAGGUGCUUGUGUAUCAAGGUGUGGCCCCACAGUCGCUGUUGGACGAAGCGCAGUGGCAAACCAGUGGCUUUUUGGCCAUCCUUGUCGCCCAAGCGUUGUUGUUUGCCGUUGGAUACGUGACUAGUCCCCGUGUCGUCAAGUCCAAAUUGCAAUAGACUGGCUGGCUUCCAACACAGCAUUCAAGGCGAAUAUGUACACUCUUCAUAAGAAUUUGCAGCAUUGGAUUGUUUCAUUCAGUAGCAUGUUGUCGUCAGAAAAAGACCGGCCAAUGGUUUGAGGUAAUCUUGGCGACAGAUAUUUCUACCCGCGAUACCUACUCGUGCCUACUACAGUACAAUUGGUUGCCAAACGCGUAACGUUAUGCUCGUAUUACUACACCUUUUUUCUAUUGAGUUGGGA